AUGGCUCCAUCGCAGCCUGUACUCACGUCUACGUUGACUCCGAAUUCGUACUCUGCAAGCCGAUCGUCAGAUCCUCCGGGGCAUGUAUCAUUGUUUGAACAAAACUCCCACGAUCAUCGAUACGGACAUACUUCGUCACUGAGAGGACCCAGACCUUCAGAGGACGUGUAUGCUCAGCUGACUUCAGAGAUCUCCCAAGUCUUCAACACUCAAGCCUCCGGUGAGACCGGACGAGUUUCUGGUAGUCUUGAUGCAAUCGACAUCGACUUGAACCCCCGGUCAAGGAUACUUGGUGUCAGAAAAUGCUCCAUGCCGCCAGCUCAAGGAGGCUUGUUCUUGUUGCAGGAGUAUUUGGUAGACUUCAACACCGCCGUUCCACUGUUUGACGCUGCAACUAUCAGCGGAUUGUUCUUAGAUUGCUACAACGGCCGUGCUGACGGAAGAAUGGUGUCAUGGCUCGUUGUGAAAAUCGUCCUAGCAAUAGCUCAUCGAAUCCGAGCAAUGAGUCCUCUUGGUGUUCCUCAGGACACAGAGAAUGUUCAGACAUAUCUCGAAGAAGUGAUCGCGGAGCUACCCGCUCUCAUUCUGAUGGAGCCAUCUCUUCUCAUAGCUCAACUCUAUGUCGGCAUUGCAGUUAUCUUAUCAACAUCUUCUCGUCCUCAGCCUACUUCGACAUUGGUUUCCAUGGCACUGAGAGUGCUGCAGAACAUCCGCACCAAUGAUCCUGAUGGGGACCAUUCAGCUAUGCCAACAGAUUUACAGCACCGAGAACGCGUGUUUUGGAUUGCUUAUGGUAUGGAAACAGAAAUUAGCCUGCGGACGAAGAUAUCACCAUGCCUGCCCUCGAACCUGAUCAGUCUGCACUUGCCCUCUGAGGAUGAUCCCGAAGGGGCUGGAAGUCUACGGGCUGCCGAAGGCGAUUUCACAAUCAACAUCUUUCGACUGCGAGCUGAGCUUGGACUCUUUCAAGCUCGAUUAGUGGAAUGUGUACUUGCGCCAGGUCCUCACGAGCGGGCCAGUCCGGCAUUGCAGGAGAUGGCAGCAAGUUUAAGCAAGUGGAGAGGGCAUUUUCUGUUUCGUCUCGAAGCCACAGAACUUCGAAACAUGCUACACCGGUCAGAUCUCGUGCAUAUCAUCAUCCUCGAAUCCAUCUACUUCAUGACAGCCUACCUAGUUCAAUUCUACAACUUCAGCGGACUCGGAUUGAGAUACAAUCUGCUCUCAGCCAACGGGCUGUCUGCUGCCAUGGCGCUGAGGGACGGCGUCCUACCGGACAGCGACGCCCGACGCUUCGUGCAGUUCCUGAAACUGUUAGCGGAUGAUGAAAUCCUCUGCCAUUGGCUGAGCGUCGAGGCUGUUGCUUCGGCCGUGGUAGUCACCCUAAUGCACAUCAUGCACAAUCCGGGCAACACCGAUGCUCAAGCAGAUCUUGACAUCAUACGGCCUGUGCUUCACAUUCUCUACAGAUUGAUCGAGUUCAGAAAAGACGAAGACUUCUCUCAACUCCGGUAUAUCUGCGCCGAUUUGUACCUGAGGGUCGAUAGCAUGGCAAGGUAG